UUCGAACUGAACUCAGUUAAACUUGGUUUUAAAUCUCUGCCUCUCUAAACCCUCUUGUUUGUACCGCAGUGAGAAACCCAUAAAGCAUGGCACCAGGACUAUCGAAGACCAUGCGCUUCUUGCUAGGGCUGCCACUGCUAGGCCUCGCAGCACUGUGCCUCCUGGCCAUGGACCCAGAAAAGCUUGUGGCCCAUCAGCAGCCGUCCCUCGAGUCCGGAAAGAUCGAGUUCAGUGACAAUUCCAUCACAAUCCUGAAGCGCUUCUAUCAUUUCGAGUUUCUGGACAACAUCUGGCGCGGGGCGACGGUCACUUUCUCACCCUCCACGCUCGGAUACGACAGCAUAAGCUCCUGGCAGGUGUUUUCCUUCCUGCACGAUCUGGGCCCCGUAUAUGCCGUCUGGUUUCUUGAAUCCUGCCGCGUUGGGAACCGCUUCACGCUGGCGUACUUCCCGACUAUAUUUAUAUUUGCCGGCCAGCUGCUGGGCAUCGGCUCCGCCGCCCCGGUCUUUUACUUCCUCGUGCUCGUCGCCAGCCCCUCGCCGUCAGAGCUCGCCCGCUCGGGCCGCGGCCGCCAGCUGAGCACCGGGGGCAUCUCAUUCUUGCUCCCGCUCAUGCUGCUCCUCCACACCGCGGAGGUGUUUGCCGCGUUCUGUGCCCCGACUCCCGAGGCCCGUCACUACUGGACCUGGGCGUGGCAGAUGGCGCACUUGGAGGUGGGGGUGCUCAACUCGGUCAUGUCGCUGCUCUUGUCGCUGUUCGCGUCGGCCAAGACCACUCGCAACAGCGGCGUCUCUCCUGCGAAGUUGCUGGCUGUGUUGGGCUCGGUCUCCACGGGCGUGUGGCUUUAUACGAGAUUUUGUGCCCCUUAUCCCAUCUCGGAUAUCUUUGUACCCGACCGAGGUGGGCAUUCUGAUUUCAUCCCGCACACCCGGUGGGCUCUUCAGCUUGAUGAACUGUCCGGCUUCGCGAGCUGUUUCAUCUGGCUUUUGUAUUCGUUUCUGGACCUCUGGGCUGCAGGAAUCGAAGGAAAGUACAGCAUAAUUCUCCCGGUUGCCCUAUUUCCAUUAGUGCUCGCUUGUCUAGGCCCUGGAUCUGCGUUCGCGUUAGGUUGGUGCUGGAAGGAAACUUUGAUAGGGUCGGGCAUGGUGAAACGUUAAAAGCGAUGGGGGUUUCUGUAACACUGCGCGCACACGAGACGGCCGCCGCUCAGAGCAUGUCAACAUUACAGCUUCGGUGCUUCUAAGCUGGUUCCCAAUCGUUCGGUGGGAGUAUAAGUGCCUUUUAUGGCCAUUGGUCAUCGACACACGUGUUGUGGCCCGCAGUGUUGGGCCUCGGUUGCGAAUUGCCCUUUGAAUGAGCUCUGUACAAACGGCGCUUUGUCGACUGAUACAACAUAUUAAAUAGUUCCUAUAGCAUCAAUCCUCAUGUACUAGACAGUCUCUCAUACAACGUUGUUUGCAAAUUGUACAACACUUUGGAAUUGUCGUCUUGGGACUGGG